GACGUAUUUCUUGUGGAGCCCCUACUAGUUUUUGUCACCAAAAAAUAAAUUAAAAUAAAAUAGUAUAAAAUAAUCAAUUAAUAGUGAGUGCUUAUAACCCGAAGCUACCAGGAGCGCAGAGAACACUGAAGCUCGACGAGUGGCGUGAGUGAGACAUAUAUCUGUGCGAGCGAAAGCGAUAUCAUUCUAACCGUGCCAUCCUUGCUCCUGACUCCGCCCUUCGAAUAAUGCAGAUGCGCGCCCGCGCAAGAUCCGCCCGCAAACGACCGAGACAGCUAUAGUUUCAACUGUUAUCUACACGGUCUAGACCACUCCCUCAAUAGUAAAGUGUGUGCGCCUGCGUUCGCCCCGCCCUACAAACGGAGCGCUUACCGACGGCAAUUCUGUGACUACAUUUAGGCCUACAAAGAACAUUUUAUCCUCAAAUUAUGCCUAAAACACAGCGUACGCCGCCGCAGGGUUUUAAUGUGGACACUAUCCGCACCCCUGAGCAUUCACCCACACAUUACGGAUCCGAUUCAGACCUAAAUUUGUCAUCCACCGGUACAGUGAAACACGAUAGUCUAUUGAAUAUCACAAAACGAGCGAAACGCAAAUUCUCGGACACGCCCGGAUGCUCGGCCGAUCAUUUAAACGAGUUCAGACAAAUGUUUGAAAAACUUCAAUCCCACCAAGAGGCCAAAUUUGCAACAUUAAACUCGUCUAUACAAACACUAAUUGAACAAAAUACGGAGAUACGAAAAACAGUGGACUUUAUGUCCUCACAGUACGAUACGCUUGUAAAUAAAAUUGAAUCAGUGGAAAACGAGAAUAAAGAUCUCAAGUCCCAUAUCAAGUCCCUUGAACAAAAAGUUGACGCGUUGGAGAAGGAUUCUAAGUCCACUUCGAUCGAGUUGCGUAACCUACCGAAACUAGAACAGGAAGACAAACAUUCCUUGUGCAACACUAUUAUCAACAUAAACACCGCCGUUGGCUCCACAUCAACCCUACAAGAAUCCGAGAUACGUAACAUAUAUAGAACGAAAACGGAGGCAAUAGUGGUGGAAUUCACUACUACUUCUAGGAAAGAGGAUUUGGUCCAGAAGUACAAAAUAUACAAUAAGGAACAGCGUCACGCUAAUCAGCCUCAACUCAACACAGUGACUCUCAAUAUCCCGGGCCCCAAAAAAACUGUGUUUUUAUCCGAGGCCCUAACAACCAAAGCGCGUCGAUUAUAUUACCUGACAAGAGAACUCGUGAAAAAUCACAAAAUAGUGGCUACCUGGACCUCUUACGGUAAAGUCUUCAUCAGAAAAGAAGAGAAUACACCCCCAGUGCGAGUGUUCGACGAGGGUGAACUUGCUAAUAUCGUCUCCUAAUAGUUUUUAAUUGUU